CAAAACUGAAUCUAUUACAAAAACAAAUACACGAAAAUCAAUUUUGAACUAUAUUUAGUGCCAUAGAGAGAAGCUCGAAUAUCGAGUCUCUACUUUUUACAGCUGUUAGAAAAGGAAACGUUACGUUGGCAAAAUCUCUGUUUGUAAGUGGUGUAAGGACUAACUCCGAAAAAGAUUACGCAUUUCUCAAGGAAGCGAUUGAAAGUAAUACAGUCUUAUAUAAUGGUUGAAGUGACAUUUUUGAACUUAUGUUCUAUUGAUUAAGGUGGUUCCAUUGAAAUGAUCCAGUUGCUCAUUGAUAAUGGCAUAAAUCUCAAUUCGAAAGGCUUUUUAUUUAAAAUCAGGUCUUGAUAGAGAACAUUAUGUGGAAAUUUUGACAAUGCUUAUUAAAAAUGGUGCAAAUAUUGAUGCUGACGUCGAUAUCCUGCUUAUAUGUGCUUUUCGUGGCCUGUAUAGAGACAACGAAAAAAUAUUGGACUUGCUUUUUAAAAAUGGAGCUGAUAUCAACCGUCCAUACUAUUCGAAUGGGGAAACAUUGUUACACGAAGCUAUUGAGAUGACUGACCCUUCUUGGUUCAAAAUGGAAUAUUUUUUCAAAUCCUUGUUCAAAUAUUUAAUACGCAAAGGCGCUGAUGUUAAUGCAAGAAGUAACCAAGGAUAUGCACCACUCCAUGUGGCUGCAAAUGUUGGAGAAGAAGUUGUUGCUCAGAUGCUGCUUGAAAACGGCGCAAAAGUUAAUAUGGAAACAAACAAUGGGACCACACCGCUUACUUUAGCCAUUAGAAACUUCAAAAACGGUAAAAUGGGUAUGAUAAAAUUACUCAUUCGAAAUGGCGCGAUCAUCGAUGUUGGCUUCAUGAACUGGCUACUUGAUGGCAUAAAAAUAUUUGAAGAACUUCAAAAAUUCAUGAGAUAUGGAAAAUCUAAAUACUAAAAAAACUCUAAAAAAUCUCAAAAUUAUGUCGUCGAAAAUGUGGGCGAUUUUACUUGCGCCGUAAUAAAAAGGCAAAGUUGUAUUCGAUUUCAAAGCGUUGUUGUGCUUUACAAUAACAAUUUCGAAACUACGAUUUCGACAUGAACAUAUUGAUGGAAAUUCAACACAAAUUGAUUACUGAGAUAUGCGUCAUUAGAUUGGAAAUAGCCGUUAAAAUGCAUCUUCCAAAACCAGUUAAAAUAUCUGAAAACAUUCGAUACUAUUCAGUUUAAGAAUAAUAAUUUUUCCAGAGUUUCCAAAUGUUGACAAUGUAAACGAAAUAUUUGGAUGAAACAGAGAGAGCGAGUGCGAAAGAGAGUAUGAAAGAGAGAGAACGUGCAAAAUGCAAAUAAAUGAUUACAAUGAGUGAAAGAAAGAGAGAACAACCCUGUUCAUAUGUGUUCAUAUUUCUGUGUACAAUUUCAUGGUCAAAUUUAUUUGCGUUUAUUGUUCUCUUUCUCUCUUCUGUUUCAAAAAUUUGAUUCGUUUGUGUUGUUCCAUAUCGGCGAGAGGAGAAAAAAUAAUUCUAUUGUGCUUCGGCCCAUUUGAUGUGUGAAUUGAAUAGUUUAUUCAUAAGCAAGCCCGGCUAAUCAAGCUGUUUCCUUAAUUUUUAGUCUAUUUAAUUCAACCGCACGAAUUUGAAUCGAAUGGAAUUUAUUCAAUGGACGGCGAGGGGAAUUCCAUUCCACUUAUUUAAAACAUCGAUAAUCAGCAAACAAAAGCUAACACACAAAAAAUGCAUCGAGCUAAAGCUCGAGAAAAUUGAUUUUACGGGCCCGAGGCAUUUCUGAAUAGAGAAGAGUCUUUGUUUUGAUUGUGAUGAACAGCGCCCAUUUUACGUAAUUAACAUCAGAAAAUCGGCUUAAAAAAGCAAUAACAGUAAUAUCAGCAGCGACAGCGGCAGCGACGGCGACGGGGACGACAGUAGCACCAACCACAAUCAAAGAAACAGCAACGUCAAUCGAUGCACAAUCAUUUCCAUUUAUAAUCAAAACGGUUUGCUCAAUUGUCGCUAUUGUUGGUGUACUGUACGUAUCCACGUCGAUUGUUCCUUAGUUUCAAUCUUAUAAGCAAUUUCUUUACUCCAAAAAGUGUGCAAUUUUUAUCUUCAGAAAGACAAUUCAAAAGCACAUAACUGGAAGAAACAUGUCGAAUUCAAUGUAAAAGAAACACAUUUCGAGCGAAAAAUGUCGGUAUUUUAUCAAUAAAUAAAAACAAUCGUUUUA